CACAGGAUCAUAAUCAUCAAACGGCCCCCAAUCAUCAACUAGAACUUUCUCUCCUUCAUCCCCUUAUAUCUAUCAUUCCACUCUCUCUUCACUUCUGGCUUGUGUUCUCCUCGUGCCUCUAGGGUUUAUCACACUUCAUCUUCUUCCUCCGAUUCCAAGAAUCUCCAGCCAUGGGAAAGUCUUACCCUACCGUCAGCGCUGAUUACCAGAAGGCUAUCGAGAAGGCCAGGAGAAAGCUCAGAGGCUUCAUCGCUGACAAGAAAUGCGCUCCUCUUAUGCUCCGUUUGGCAUGGCACUCUGCUGGGACCUUUGAUGUGAAGACCAAGACUGGUGGUCCCUUCGGAACCAUGAAGCACGCUGCUGAGCUCGCUCACGGUGCUAACAAUGGUCUUGACAUCGCUGUGAGGCUGUUGGAGCCGCUUAAGGAGCAGUUCCCCAUCUUGUCCUAUGCUGAUUUCUACCAGUUGGCUGGUGUUGUCGCUGUUGAGGUCACUGGUGGACCUGACGUUCCUUUCCACCCUGGCAGAGAGGACAAGCCUCAGCCACCACCUGAGGGUCGCUUGCCCGAUGCAACUAAGGGUUCUGACCAUCUGAGGGAUGUGUUUGUCAAAACCAUGGGGCUUAAUGAUGUGGACAUUGUUGCUCUCUCUGGUGGCCACACCCUUGGAGCUGCACACAAGGAGCGCUCUGGAUUUGAGGGACCCUGGACUACCAACCCUCACAUCUUCGACAACACAUACUUCACUGAGUUGUUGACCGGUGAGAAGGAAGGUCUCCUUCAGCUGCCAACUGACAAGGCUCUUUUGUCUGACCCUGUGUUCCGUCCUCUUGUUGACAAAUAUGCUGCGGAUGAAGAUGCUUUCUUUGCUGAUUAUGCUGAGUCUCACCGAAAGCUCUCUGAGCUUGGGUUUGCUGAUGCCUAAGCAACAGUUGGGGGUGAAGAGGCUCAACAUCCGUCAUUUUUAUUAAUUAAUGCGUAGACAUUUUCUUAAUAUCAAAACUUUGGGGUACCCGUUGAAUAUAUUUUGCUGGACAUGGUGAAUGGAAAGUUUGGCUGUUUUCUUUGUCGUUGGUUCUUUUUUAAAUAAAAUUGCUCAGUGCUUAUGCUA